CGGCGCUGAUUCGUUGGUUGGAUACGUGUUCCACUAGUGCGUGCGUGUAGGUGAUGUUGUGAACACACGGUGCCCGUGAAACGCGGAACACGGAGCCACUGCCGAUCGGCGGAACAACGAACCAGCACCGUUCGCGGCGAGUGCUUAAAACCGUCGCACAAACUCCACCGGUAACAACUCGGAUUCAGCAGCGACCACACGAUGGCUUCCCGGGGCGGACCGAUGGUCCUCGGCACGGACGGUGCCGACUUCGAGCACAGGCAACGCGUGGCCGCACACUACCAAAUCAGCGCACUGAACAAAGCCCGGUUAAAGUACUGCAUUUUCUUCCACUAUCUGCUGUUUUUCGUGAUGCUAGUCAAACUGUCGGCAGACAUCCUCGAUCGGCUGGACAUAUUUAUACUGGAAAUCGAAGAGCUGCAGAUACCGCAGCCCCUCUGGUGGGAGUACUUCUGGUGUCUCUCCGUGUUCCUGUCAUUCGUCGGGCUUGCCGCCGCCCGCGGUAAUCGUAUCAAUGAUAUGAAAAAGUACAUGGUUGGUAUCAGCACGAUUGCCUUCGUGCCGCUCCUGUACUGCAUCUUCUACUACAUGAACGACGUGCUGGAGUACAUUAGCUUGGAGCAAGGUACCGACCUCGACGAUACCGAUAUUCUCGUCUGGCAGGUAAUUGGCUAUCCGUACGGGCUGCUGUGGUACGGGUUCGUGCUCUUGGCCUUCCAGGUGCACUUUUUUUCGCUGUUCUUUGCCUGGAACCUGAUCAAAGCCUGGAGGGCACGUGGCGCACUGAGAAAAGCUCAAUAGAAUGGGAAUCGGCUCGGUGUCGCGAUCGUGCAUAACGUAGCCUCACCAACACGUAUCAAUGCAAUGCAACAAAACGAAGAGAGAGAGAGAGAGAGAGAGAGAGAGAGAGAGAGAGAGAGAGAGAACACAACGACCCUCACGUGUUCGAAGCGCCGGGCGGGCGGAACUCCACCCAACAAACAACUCCUUGCUCGACAAAGACAAUAUUCUUAGUGCGAAACGUGAGAGCAGCAGCUGCUCUAGGUUGUAGACUGUUUUGUUUUGUUUUUGUCAAAAGCAAUUUCUUUACUUGAGUACCAUGACUUGAGCCUUUCAUAAGAAGUGGUGUAACUCAAACUCGCUCGCAGAAAAUUAAAAACAAUCGACAACAACGCUUAAACUAUCAUCUGUUGCAGCGUCGCAAGGAGACGCAGAAUGUAAUGGCUCUGAAGAAGAUACUUUAUUAAUGGUCCAUUUUUGAAAUGACAACAACAAUGCGGUGUAUGAACCGGGCAGGAUAUUACAGGAAAAAGAAAACAGUCAAUCACCGCCAUAAUGGGUUAACGAACACGAACACAUCGACUGACAGAUUUGAAUUUUCAUGUUGGAGUUGUUUCUAGGUUGCAAACAUAACGAAACCAGAGCGGAAGCUUAAACACUGUUACGAUGACGAAGCAAUCGGAGUGCUGGAAAUACCGAAAUAAACCUACAAGGAACCGGUUCCGGAACAGGAUCCGAGGUACCGAUUCUUCCCCGCCACGAGAGUGACCCACCAUCAUUUAGAGCGCAGGCACGGUAGUCUAGUGGAGCCUAUAUGCUGCCACCGUUGUGUUCUGUUUUACGUGCUAUCCGUCAACCAUGUCGGUGCGCCCUACGAAAGAUGCAAAGAAAAACCAACCGCCGGGCGCCCGUCGUAGGAUUUGAAACUAUUUUUUUGCUCAAACAACAUUAUUAUUGAAACCUUUUGGCAUUACCUGUGUGGCACAACACAGAAAGGGAAGGAUCAGUGAUGUGACGAACGUAAAACUCUGUUAUGCAAACAUAUUUAUAGUGACACUGAAAAUGGCGAAAAAAUACUGAAAAUUAUUCUUAUGACGUUUGUAGGAAAACUGAACUGUUCUCAAGAAUGUAUAAAUAAAUGGU